AUGUCCCGGCCCAGCAGCAGAGCCAUUUACUUGCACCGGAAGGAGUACUCCCAGAACCUGACCUCAGAGCCCACCCUCCUGCAACACAGGGUGGAGCACCUGAUGACAUGUAAGCUGGGGACACAGAGAGUCCAGGAGCCCAAGGAUGCCUUGCAGAAGCUGCAGGAGAUGGAAGCACAGGGCCGAGUGUGGAGUCAAGACCUGAUCCUACAGGUCAGGGAUGGCUGGCUCCAGCUGCUGGACAUCGAGACCAAGGAGGAGCUGGACUCUUAUCGACUGGACAACAUCAAGGCCUUGGAUGUGGCACUGAACACCUGCUCCUACAACUCUAUCUUGUCCAUCACUGUGCAGGAGUCUGGCCUGCCAAGCACCAGCACGCUGCUCUUCCAGUGCCAGGAAGUGGGAGCAGAGCGAUUGAAGACCAGCCUACAGAAAGCCUUGGAGGAAGAGAUAGAACAAAGACCUAAAUAUGGAGGCCUUCAUCAUCCGGUCGAGAACAGAUGGAGAGGGCCUUCUCUGGAAAGGCCCUUUCCUAUAGAUCAGGCACCCACUGCGGAGUGGAGAUCCUCUCCAGAACCACUCCACCAAACCACUCCAGAACACAGCAUCCCACCAUCCCCAAGACCCCUGCUACGCUACCACAGUACACAAGAACUAAAUGCCUUCACUCCACCUCCUCCGAAGCGGAGUCCAUCCCCUGAGGACCCUGAAAGAGAUGAGGAGUUGCUGAACCACAUCCUAAAGGACAUCGAGCUGUUCACAGGGAAGCUGAAGGAGAUCCAGGGAAAGGCCAGUCACAAGAAGAAGAAGCUUGGGAAAAAAAAGAACAAGGAUCAGGGUGGAAUCACACAGGCACAGUUCAUUGACUGCUUCCAGAAGAUCAAAUUGAGCUUCAACCUCUUGGGGAAGCUGUCCAUCAGGAUGCAAGAGACAACCGCCCCAGAAUUCGUGCACAUCAUCUUCCAAACUCUGAACUUUAUCCUGUCCCAGUGCCCCGAGACUGGCCUGACAGCCCAAGUGGUCUCACCUUUGCUCACAACCAAAGCCAUCAACCUUCUGCAGUCCUGUCUAAGCCCAAAUGAGAGUAAUUUCUGGAAGGGGCUGGGUAUGUCCUGGACCAUCAGCCGGGAUGACUGGACAGGCAUGGAGCCCCCACCUUACCAACCUACAUUCUAUGAUGGCUGGCAGCCUGCAGAGCCCUCCUCCCUGCAGGCACCCUUAAGACACCAAGACUCCUUUUCUAGGCCUAGGUUAGGGAGCACCUUACACUUUGCUCAGGAAGAGACAAACAGCCGUGGUUCUCAACCUGGAGAAGUCAACCUCCAUUCCAGACCGACCAAGCCCAUCCUGAAGAUGCAGGUGCUAUAUGAAUUUGAAGCAAGGAACCCACAGGAACUGACCGUGGUCCAAGGAGAGGUGCUGGAGGUCUUGGACCAGAGCAAGCGGUGGUGGCUGGUGAAGAAUGAAGCUGGACAUCGUGGCUACAUCCCCAGCAACAUCCUGGAGCCCCUACAGAUGGGGGUCCCUGGGAGUCAGGGCCAGUCUCUCCUUCGGGCUCCAAUGCUUCGACUGAGCUCAAAGCCUGAGGAGGUCACAGCCUGGCUUCAGGCAGAGAACUUCUCCACUGUCACUGUGAAGACCCUUGGGACCCUGAUAGGAAGCCAGCUCCUUCGCAUGCAGCCUGGAGAACUGCAGAUGCUGUGUCCACAGGAGGCCCCAAGGAUCCUGGCCCGGCUGGAGGCUGUCAGAAGGACACUGGGAAUAAGUCCUUAGGCAGCAGCUCAGACACCUCCAAAAGUAAGGAGCUCUCGGAUGCAAGAUGGAACAUGUGGUACCACCCUUUAGAGCCCCAAGAAUUUCUCUUCUGGCUUCCAAGUUCAUGGCAGACCACACAUUUCAGCAAAGAGAUGAGCACGUCCAGACACUGCAGCAAAUGGUACCCUUCUUGCUAUGCUGGGAACCCUCCCCAGUUGCUACC